CUUAUCUCAGCGUUCCCGUCCCGUCAUAUACUACCUACCUAGUUGAGCUAGUCAGGAUCUUCAAGGUCUUCAGCAUUCCAAUCGCUGCCUUUUUGCCAGUUUUGGUUCCAGCUCCCCGAUCUCGCCCCGACCCUCGGCCCGUCACCUCAUGCCAACACCACCCACCCUGGUUUGCUGGGCAAAGUCGCGGAUACCUCUAUGAUUGAACUUCUUGACAACACCACUCCCACCCAUCUAUCGCCAAUAUGUCUAACAAGAAAGAUAUGCGGAGGCCUGACCUUGGUAUGACGAAUUUCAUGCUUCACAUCUACACAAUCUAACUCUGAUAGUGAUUCCCUACCAAGCGCCUGUCGCAAAGGAUUCUCCCAGCGAUAUCAGCAGCACACUAGGAAGCACCCUACCAAUGGUAGCCAUGUUUACGCGCAACAAGUUCAUCGGAUGGUCAGUCUGAACAGCCACCGGUGCCGGUCAAACUUUCUGUGGAAGUGGGCGCUGACAGGCAGCGAUCUAGGGCUGCAGUGGUGUUGGCUGUCCAGAACUGGCUAGGGGAGAGUCAGGAAUCGAAGAAAGCAUCUACUCAGCCAGCAUAUUUAUCGGUCGGGAUGGCUUGUAAGUUAUUUCCCUGUGGUAAAAUUAUCGACACAAGCGUUGACGAGGAAUAUACUAUAGUCAUGUCUCUUGUUGUCACAUACCUACCCGUUUUUAUGCCGCCAACGGGCGCGAAGAUGGGUACCGGAACAGAAGCCCCUUCAGCUGUGCCAGUUGCGUAAAUGCCAUAGAUUGAGAAGAUAACCGGGGCCAAGCUUGUAUAAUUUGUACAAAUAAUUGAUGGGAAUAGGGGCAAAUGGGCCAAGCAGGUGUUGUCCGGAGGGCAUUGACAGGAGUUCAACACAAAUGGGUACUUUUGAGUGCCUUGAAGCAUAUUCAGGCGGAAAAUAAAAUAUCCAUCAGGAGGCUUUGGACUAGCUGGGGACGAUUCCUUACAGGAGACGUUACAAGGACCGCCAACAAAAUCUGCCAACUCCAGUAGUCGCAUAGUGGUGCUUCUAUUCAGUGAAGACCAGAACUCUAAAGAUUACAGGUACCGUAGCUAGCAUCAUCACAGGUACUGUAUAUGCACAUAAUUUACAAUUGGACAGCCAUCAAGGCGAAACCCCCGC